AUGACUGUCAUCGUCAAGGCAAUCGCAUACUUCACAAGUGAAGCAGUCUAUCCUAGCCUGCGUACAAUCCGGGUUUCGGUGCGGUCCCUUCUGAGACUGACGUGCUUGAGAGUGCAAACAGUCCCAUCUGACCGGCUAGUCGCUCCCACACGAGAGAUCUAUAAAGAACGUAAUUUGUUGUUCGGAGCCAAUAUUAUAUUUUCGAUGCUGAAUCCUGCAUCUUACUCCAAUACAGCUAGUAGCGACAGUGAUAAUGCUACCACAAUCUGGAUAAUAUCCGUUCCUGAAAAUCCAGACUGUAGCUGA